AUGAGCAGCAGAGAGACCAAUUUACUCAUCAAUGAAGAAUCAACGCCUGCAAAACGGUACAAUUUGUUCCUGCGGCGGCGUCUUAUGUUUCAAAAAAAUGAACAAAGCAAAGAUUCUAUCUUCUUCCGAGAUGGGAUUAGGCAAAUUGAUUUUGUACUUUCCUAUGUUGAUGACUUAAGGAAAGAUGCAGAAAUAAAAGCGGAAAGAAGAAAAGAAUUUGAGCAAAAUCUCCGAAAAUCGGGUCUUGAAUUGGAAAUUGAAGACAAAAGGGACUCUGAAGAUGGAAGGACUUACUUUGUCAAGAUCCAUGCUCCUUGGGAGGUAUUAGUUACUUAUGCUGAAGUAUUGGGAAUCAAAAUGCCUAUUAAGGAGAGUGAUGUUCCCCGAAAUGAGGACACUCCAUUGACCUAUAUGCUUUCGGCUGUGAAACUUCCAGCAAGUGUGAAGUAUCCUCAUCCAGAAUAUUUCACUGCCCAGUUCAGCAGACAUCGUCAAGAGCUCUUCCUCAUUGAUGAUCCAUCAACUUUCUUUCCAUCCUCGGCAAGAAACAGAAUUGUUUACUAUAUUCUUUCACGGUGUCCUUUUGGCAUAGAAGAUGGGAAGAAAAGGUUUGGGAUUGAAAGACUGCUAAAUUCUAGCACUUACUUAGCUGCCUACCCCCUCCAUGAUGGCCAAUAUUGGAAGCCAUCAGAACCUCCCAGUCCUAUCAAUGAAAGGUAUAUACUUCACCAGAACUGGGCACGUUUUUCCUUUUUUUACAAAGAACAACCUUUAGAUUUGAUAAGGAAUUAUUUUGGAGAAAAAAUUGGUAUCUAUUUUGCCUUUCUUGGAUUUUACACAGAAAUGCUAUUCAUUGCAGCUGUAGUUGGCUUAGCUUGUUUCUUUUAUGGCUUAAUAUCAAUGCAAGAAAACUUAAGUAGCAUUGAAAUCUGUGACCCAGAGAUUGGAGGUAAGCUGAUCAUGUGUCCUCUCUGUGACACACUGUGUGAUUUUUGGAGACUAAAUUCUACAUGCUUGGCAUCAAAGUUUUCCCAUCUAUUUGAUAACGAGUCAACAGUGUUCUUUGCAGUAUUCAUGGGAAUUUGGGUCACACUGUUUUUGGAGUUUUGGAAACAGCGACAAGCCACAUUGGAAUACCAGUGGGACCUGGUGGACUUUGAGGAGGAACAGCAACAGCUUCAACUGAGACCUGAAUUUGAAGCUAUGUGUAAACACAGAAAAAUGAAUACAGUGACCAAGGAGAUGGAACCUCAUAUGCCUCUAUGGAAUCGUAUACCAUGGUAUGUUUUAUCGGGAGCCACAGUGACAUUAUGGAUGACUCUUGUCGUCGCCUGUAUGGUAGCUGUAAUUGUGUACCGCCUGUCAGUCUUUGCUACAUUUGCUAGUUUUAUUCAAAGUGAAGCAUCCUUACAGCCUGUCAGAAGUUUUCUUACUCCCCAGUUAACCACAGCACUCACAGGAUCAUGCUUGAACUUUAUUGUCAUCUUGAUCUUGAAUUUCUUUUAUGAAAAGAUAUCUGCCUGGAUUACAAAAAUGGAGAUUCCUCGAACUUACCAGGAGUAUGAGAGCAGUCUGACCUUGAAAAUGUUCCUGUUUCAGUUUGUAAAUUAUUACUCAUCCUGCUUCUACGUGGCUUUCUUUAAAGGGAAAUUUGUGGGUUAUCCUGGACAAUACACAUAUUUGUUUAAAACUUGGAGAAGUGAAGAGUGUGAUCCUGGAGGCUGUCUAAUAGAACUGACAACUCAGUUGACCAUCAUAAUGACUGGGAAACAGAUUUGUGGAAACAUUAAAGAAGCAAUUUUCCCCUUGAUUUUGAAUUGGUGGAGACGCCGAAAAUCUCGCACCAACUCAGAAAAACUAUACAGCCGAUGGGAGCAAGAUCAUGACCUUGAAAGUUUUGGGCACCUUGGGUUAUUCUAUGAAUACUUAGAAACAGUUAUCCAGUUUGGAUUUGUCACACUAUUUGUGGCUUCUUUUACUUUGGCUCCUCUUCUUGCUCUUAUGAAUAAUAUUAUAGCAAUCCGAGUAGAUGCCUGGAAACUUACUACUCAGUACAGGAGACCUGUAGCUGCUAAAGCUCAUAGCAUAGGUGUUUGGCAAGAUAUUCUAUUUGGAAUGGCUGUUCUUUCUGUUGCAACUAAUGCUUUCAUUGUUGCAUUUACGUCGGACAUCAUUCCCCGUGUUGUCUACCACUAUGCUUAUUCAAUAAAUAGCACUCAUCCUUUACAAGGAUAUGUCAAUAACAGUUUGUCCGUAUUCCUGACAGCUGAUUUCCCAAAUCACACUUUACCUGUGGAUAAACCAUACUUCACCACUUGCAGGUAUAGAGAUUACAGACAUCCCCCUGAUCACAUAGAUAAAUAUCUUCAUAAUAAGCAAUUCUGGCACGUCCUGGCUGCCAAGAUGACCUUCAUCAUACUUAUGGAACACAUUGUAUUUUUGUUUAAAUUUUUAUUGGCCUGGAUGAUACCUGAUGUUCCAAAAGACGUUGUGGAUAGAAUCAAGCGAGAAAAAUUAAUGACUGUCAAGAUUCUCCAUGAAUUUGAGCUCAACAAAUUAAGAGAGGACUUGGGAGUCCAGCCUAGUGAACUUCAGAAGCAUGUGAUGAUUGAGGCAAACAAAGCAAAACAGGCUAAAAGAACAAUCUAA